CAGCCCAACCCGCAGAUGCCACCGCCGGCGCCGGUCACCGCGGAGGCCCUCGCGGCCGCCAACAACAGCACCCUCGACGGGAUCCUCGGCGCCUACAUGGGCCCCAAGGGCCUGGUCACCGCCACCUCCCCCACGCCCGGGGCCGCGCAGGAGCGGCGCGACAACCAGGACGGUCAGGUGCGCGCGUGGAGCCCCGCCGACAGCAGCGAGAACGAGGCUGACAGCGGGGACGGCGGCCUGCCCAGGCACGGCCGCAGCUUGUCAGCGGACAGCUUCGUGGGGAAGCUCCCCUUCGGAGCCAUGGGCCUGGAACCGUCCGCCAACCUGCCGCCGCCGUCUCCAGGCCCCGGUGCUGCUGCCGGCCUGGCACGCAGUGGAAGCGGUUCCAUUGGCGGCGCCGCUGCUCUCUUCGCCAAGGAAUUUGCGUGUAUGGGAUUCAGUGAGGCCGACAAGAAGAAGAUUUUGGAGAGUGAUCACCUUUCCAAGAUCGUCAUGACCGAUCCUAAGAAGGUCAAAAGGAUUCUCAACAAUCGGCUAUCUGCUGCCAAGUCAAAGGAGCGCAAGGCAAGGUACAUAGCAGAGCUUGAGCGCAAGGUUCAGGUGCUGCAGUCGGAGGCUACCACAUUGACUUCACAAGUGAAUAUGCUUCAGAGGGGAUAUUCUCUGCUUUCAACUCACAACAGUGAGAUGAAAAUCAGGCUGCAAGCUUUGGUGCAGCAAGCAGAGUUGAAAGAUGCUCUGAACGAAGCACUAAAUUCUGAGGUCCAGCGCUUAAAACUUGUUGCUGGUGAGACCAGUGAUCCUCAAAUGCCGAACGCUUCAGAGCAACAAAUGAGCACCCGGAUGAUUCAGCUGCACCAGCUUCUGAAGAAGCCACCAAAGGAUCAGCAAGAUCAGCAACAGAAGUGGAGCUAGGGUG